AGUUACAUCUUCCUCGUACAUACUCUGUACCAGUACGGUACUUAUAAAGAAAAGCAUGGACGACAAUAUUAUCCUUUUUUCCCGAAAACCGGCUAGAUCUGACGCUAUGUGCCAUGCACCACAAACACAGAGACUGUUUGAAGGGGCUUCUUUGCCGUAGUAAAUCUCGGGAAGAUGGGCGUUUUUUGGUUUGCUUUGGGAUUUCUUGUUGGAGGGAUUGUGGUAUUAUGUAUACGUCUGCGCAACUGUUGCCCGCACAAAAAUGGGGAUAACUCUCGCAAACGACUUUCUGAUGAUAGCAGCAACAUGGAGCAAAGCGAAGCCAGACGAUUUCUCGCAGCCUACAAAAAUGAUUCGAGAGACCCGAGAAAGAAAUUAUGCCCCAUUUGCUUCGAAGACCACAACCUAGAUACAACGAAGAAUCACUACCGCUCGGUGGUAGUACGGAACACCCGCUGCGGGUUUGGAUUUAGUACCGAUGUUGUAAUAGGUCCAUCUGGAGAGUAUUGGAUAGUUGUAACGGAUGUGUUCGAUAUGCGCCUCGACAUGUUCCCGGGCGAUCUGAUCCGAUCGGUGAAUGGAAAGAAAGCGCAACCGGAUAAUCCCGCCCCGUCUCUUCUGAAGGAGCUGUACAAGAAAACGGGAAAGGAUAGGGUGGUUGCUGUGGAUGUGGAGUUCACUCAUGAACUCGGGCCUAUUAUGGCCCGAUGCUUCGGUUUUUACAGUGGCUCGAAAAGCAUGUUCAAAUAAAGAAUUCCAGUAAAUGGAAAUGCAGAAAUAAGCUUCGAACAGCGCUGUUUCUUUGAGUACGAAUUUUUGUUAAAAUUUCUUCUUUCUCCGGUAAGGGGAAUUUGACGACGCAAAGUCGCGAACUGUUUGGACGUAUGCACUAGUACUUACAGGUAAAAGGUGGGCUGUAAUAAAUUCUCUACUUCG